GACCAGGCUAUUACUCAUGCUGGGAUCGAAUCAACGGGAGUGGAGACUAGAUUUGUCUCUCGGCUAACUUGGGGGUUCCGAAUCAUUGAGGCUUCCAUACUGGAAAUGCUUUACCAGAACGCGCCGUGCCUCUCGGAUCCCGCUCUGGACUGCUGGAUGGACGAUGUUGAACUCAAAAUUCUCCGGUGGAAAGAAGAAGUACAUCAGUCCGCCUCCUGCAAUGAAGAUCUAGCGCUGAAGCCACAAUGGGACGAGAUCGAGCUAUAUGCCGACAUUGCAUACGAAUGGAUAUUAGUGCUGAUGUAUCGCCCUUGCCCUGGACUGAAAGCACGCAAACGAGAGCACCUUAUGAAAGCCUUUGAUGCCGCUGUCAAAGUGGCCACAGGCUACUUCACUCAGGCCAAUCGAGGUUAUGGCUUUCUCAAGUAUGUCUUUCAUCCGUGCCACCACUCUUUCGCUUCAGCCAUGGUCUUUUUACAGGCACUGAAGGACUGCAAAGAGGAAAUCUCGGAUUCGUACACUUUGACGGAGGUUCGAGAAUACCUGUCCUGCUUCUCGCGCUUCUUCUCGGCAAUCGCCGAGCGCUGGCCAGCGGCAGCUCAUUGCCUUGACGACAUUGAGCGCUUGUGGACGCCGAUCUAUGAUGAGUACAUGGCAUUCCUUCAGCAAAAG